CCCCAACCCCCCACAAAAAAUAAAAAAUAAAAAAAAUAAAAGAAGAAGAAAACGACGGAGGGAGUUGAGCAAACCGGAGGAACCGGCUGCCUGGAGCAAACCGGAUGUUUCAGUCGAGCAGCGUAAUUUGCCUAUGAAAAUUGAGCUUCUCCAAUGGAGGUUUCAUCAUUUUCGACGAGCUUUGCGAAACUCCGAUAUCCGUUUUCAGAGACAUUGCUGACAAAAGGUGAAACCUUUCCUGCGUGGAUUAAGUGUUAUGCAUCCCCUUCAUCCACGAAGAAUGCCACUGGAAGUUUACUCUGUCAUGCUGAGUUUCGUACUCAGAAGUGGAGUCUUUUGCAGGUUUCAUGUAGCCGAAAGAGUGAUAUUCCUGUCAUAGAAGCUGGGUGCAUGGAUGACAUAUAUGAUGCUUUGGCCAAACACCUUGUUCCAACCGCUGCAGCAGCAUCAAGCCCUAAUUUUAAGCAUAUUGUUGGUCUUGCUGGCCCUCCUGGUGCUGGGAAGAGCACUGUUGCAUCUGAGGUAGCUAAGAGAGUCAUUAAGUUAUGGCCCCAAAAGGCUUGUUCCUUUGAUUCUCAAGUUGAUCCUCCAGAAGUCGCUAUUGUUCUUCCAAUGGAUGGGUUCCACCUUUAUCGUCAUCAGCUUGAUGCUAUGGAGGAUCCAAAGGAAGCACAUGCGAGAAGGGGCGCUCCAUGGACGUUUGACCCCAAUUUACUGCUACAAUGUCUUAAGACUCUUAAAGAUCAGGGAUCAGUGUACUGUCCAUCUUUUGACCAUGGUGUAGGAGAUCCUGUAGAAGAUGAUAUCUUUGUGAACCUUCAGCACAAAAUAGUGAUAGUUGAAGGUAAUUAUCUGCUUCUUGGAGAUGGUGCUUGGAAGGAGGUAUCUUCCAUGUUCGAUGAGAAGUGGUUUGUCGAUGUUGAUAUUGAGAAAGCAAUGCAACGUGUCCUAAAGAGACAUAUAUCUACAGGGAAGGCCCCUGAUGUUGCUAAGUGGCGGAUAGAUUACAAUGACAGGCCCAACGCUGAGCUAAUUAUGAAGUCCAAGAAAAAUGCGGAUUUGGUGAUCAAGUCAGUGGACGAAUUGAGGUGAUUCCCCGACUCAUUACCUGCAGUGAAAGUAAAUUCAACAGUAAAGAUGUUUGUCUGAGAGGAAAUUUGAAUGACGGUGUCAAAAAUAAGCAAAAUCGAUUUUUACGGAUUGGGUUGAAUCUGAAACAGCGUGUGCAGGACCUUGCAGUCUUGCUUGCAUUUAUGCUUGAGGUAGUUAAUAAGUUUAAGGGACUGAAAAUAAUGGUUAUACUUUUUCCUGCAAAAUAAGAUGGAAUCCUUCUGGCAUGUAACGCUGAAGAUAGGUAAGUUUACCUUUUAUGAGUUCAUUUCUUCCCGAAUUUUGUAAAGACUUGAUCAAUACCAGUGCAGGGUGAUCAAUACCAGUGCAGGGAGCCUCCUGCUUGCUACUGUAGAUGACAAUGAAAUAAAAGGAUACAUUUAUAUGUA